UUGGAUUUUAUUUUUAAGGCAGGUCUCUCCGGAUGCUCCCUGCGCUUGCAGCAUUUUCUGAUUCCCAGCAUCUGUAGCAUUUUGCUUUGGGAACUGGGUCAGACAGCAGACGCCAGGUGUGCGAUACGAGGCGGCCUUAUCCCCGCCGCCUUUCAAACGGGAUCUCCAAUUGUUUGCUGAGAAGCACAGUAACACGGCAGACGGAGGGCGUGUACACGAACCCACAGUUCUUCACGAAUGAGGUCAUAAUGUUGGUGUCCCUUUAAAAGGGAAUUCAAGCCAUGAACUUCCGGUCCCGUGGUGUGACAGACGAAACUGGAUGGAGUGCCGCUUGUGGCGGCGUUACCAGCUGUAUAUGUGUAUGAGACAGACCUCGGGAUGCACAGUUUAAUACUCCCACCGUCUAACGGCAAGCGAAACCAUCGCGCAUCGACCGGAACCAGGGUUUAAACUUUUGUCCCUUUUUAUAUAUAAAAAAGAGGCAAGACGUAGUUCCCUCCACGGUAUGCAGAAGUAGCAAAUCUAGUGGAAAUAUCCCAGCAUAUUCUGAAAAUUCAUUCUACGACCCGAGAUAACAAGCGCAGUGUAACUGCCGAUUUCAGUGUCAAGGCAGAUUUAUUUCGUACGCUGCUGGCCGGAGUGUGUGUGUGUGUGUCCGUGUCCUUUCGCCGGGAUCCCAGCUUGUGGUGGCUGCUCCCGGCCCAGGGCUACACUGAUGAGCAGCGACUCUGGUUCCACAGCCGACCUGCAGCAGGAACCUCGAGCAACUCGCCCAGCCAUCCAGAGAUCCGGCGUUGCCCACCGCGUCGUCUCUCCACACUUACCCCUCUCCCCGAAUACCUCACCCUCGCAGCGCAUCGGUGUAAAGAGAUAGACAUGGCCUCUCUCAGCCUGGGGCUGAAUUUCUCCCGCAAGAAGACCAUGGCGAAGAACGCUGCGGUAGAGCGGAAAAACCUCAUCACUGUCUGCAGGUUUUCUGUUAAGACUUUAAUUGAUCGCUCCUGUUUCGAGACCAUUGAUGACUCGUGUUCGGAAUUUACAAACUUUGCAGCUAUUCUCGAGCAAGUCCUGAGUCAUCGCCUUAAAGGUCAAAUAAAUUGGCUUGGUUAUGAAAGCCCUCGAAGCUUCUGGGACUUCAUACGUGUGGCCUGCAGUAAGGUUCCCCAUAACUGCAUCAGCAGCAUUGAAAACAUGGAGAACGUAAGCUCAUCAAGGGCAAAGGGCAGAGCAUGGAUUCGAGUAGCGCUCAUGGAGAAGCGUCUGUCCGAGUAUAUAUCCACUUCUCUAAGGGACAUCAAAACAACCAGGAGAUAUUAUGAGGAUGGGGCAGUUGUUCUGGGAGAAGAAGCAAAUAUGCUUGCUGGUAUGUUGCUUGGACUCAAUGCGAUUGACUUCAGCUUCUGUUUAAAGGGUGAAAGUUUGGAUGGCAAUUGUCCUGCUGUUAUUGACUAUACCCCAUAUCUGAAGUUCACACAAAGCUCUGAGAGUAUUAGCAGUGAUGAAGAGGAGUUACGGACUCUGGGCAGCAGCAGUAGUGAAGGCAGCACGCCGGAGAACAUUGGCCCACCAUUCCUUACUGAUGAGCACAGCUGGUAUAACAAGUGCAAGCGUGUGGAGCAGAAAUUCAGGCUGGCGUUGGAGCAGAAGGGCUAUUUGGAAGAGUUAGUACGUUUGCGGGAAGCUCAACUUGCAGAGUCUGUGGCUCAAAACAAGAUUGUCCUACAGCAAAUGGAAGAGGCAGACCUGAACCACAAACUGGAGAAGGAGCAACUGGAGUUUAUCAUCCUAGAACUGCAGGAUCAGCUAGCAGUUUUAAAAAAUAAUGAUUUGAGAUCAAGACAAGAAUUAACAGCACACCUUACGAAUCAAUGGCCUUCCCCAGGAGCUUUGGAUGCAGACGCGGUUGCUUUAGAUACACUUCUGUACAGAAAACAGUGUGGACAGUGGGAUGAGCACAGCUUUCAAAGCUUGGAACAGCUCUCAGCGGAGAUCAGUCUUUCUUCAACUUCUUUAGAUCCAUUACACUCACAGAAAGAGGGCGAAGGAGGACACGGAAGUUCAAAAAGUGAUGGGAAGGAGGACACUCCCUCAUUACUAGGUCUAUGUGGAUCCUUGACUUCCAUGACCAGCUACAAAUCUCUUACAAGCUUGAAAUCCAGUGAAUGCCUUGCAAGUCCAAAUGCUGAGAUUAGCAGCCCAGGGCUCACUCCAUUUUAGGAGCAACUUGUCAUCCAAACCAGAGUGAACCUGGUAUCUUGGUAUGCACUGAAGAGAUAUCCCAAUUAUUUAACCAAUCCUGACAACUUGAGACUUUAAUAGGUCCAAUAAUUUUAUUUAAUCAGAAAACCAACUGAAAAUGCACUGUUUCGUGAUACCACAACCAUCUGCAAAAGAUUCAGGUCACUUCAUGCGGAGUGCUUUACUUGAAUGCGUUUGCUUUGGAAAUUGUUCCUGGUAUUUUAAAAAGUGUUGGCUGCACUGUUUGUCUUGUUUCUUUCCUUCGUAAAAUGGCUGGUUAAGGGAGCAUUCCAUAAAAGUGUUUUUGUUUCUGCUGAAAAUUUUGAGAAUUUGCAGAAGGUCCAAGCAAUAUGAUUGUGUAUUUGUGGAUCAAAAAGGGUGUUAAUAUGUACAAUUUAUUUCAUUACUAGCUUAAAAUGUUACUAUUUUUUCAGGCGAUUUUAAGUGCAAUUGUUUUUGUUCUAAUUAAGUCUGCAGAUUUCUAGGUAUGUCUGCUGUUGUGCUUUUGUUUUGAAGAACUUCUAGCUUGACAUUCUAACUGCUCAUAUUAAAACUAUUUCCCAUAGAUGCAAGUGAAGGUGAUGCCUAAUUGUUGUCUUGAAUUACUUGAUUAAAUCAAAAUGCAAUGCCGUUUGAAAUUCUGCCAGAAUUGAAUUUAUCAAUGUUAAUGUAAAAGUUUGAGAUGCCUUUUUCAAAACAAAGUAAAUGGCAGCAAACAUUUGAUGGUUUUCCUGAUUUUUGAAAGAUGGUGGUGUUCACAUUGUGGCAGGGUCUGUCUAUUUAUUCACAUUGGGAACAAGGAUUGGUUGCCAAUCAAUCUUGCACUGGUUCUAAUGCCGUAUUUCAUAUUGUAAUUGUCUAAUUUCACUGUUACGAUGUCAAAUAUUGUUUUUGAUACAUUUCCUUUUGUCAUUACAGAGGUGGAUAAAUUUGCCAUUGAAAGAAAUUAAUAUAUCAGCAAUUAAACAUGUUAGGAGUUUGUAGGAGCUAUUUUUGAUGCUUUUAUGUAUGUAGCAAAAAAAAUUGCCACUAGGAUACACUGAUUAUUUAUUACCUGUAAUCAGGUAUGAUGUUCUCCCCCAAAGACUUUCAGUUUUAAAUUGAAAGUUCCAUUUCAGUCUUUGACUCUAUUGCAUAUUAAAAAAUGUCAAUACCUUUUGAUCUUUUUAAAUGCACAUUAGCUAUGUGGUUUCUGUGGUUUAAAAGUACAAUGGUUCAUCAUUUUACUUUGAAAAGUUUACACACAAAACUAAUCACAGGGACAAAUGGUGGACAGAAUUUUUUUGCUUUAUUUUAAGAACAAUCAUCUCGUCCUAUUUUUAUUGUUCACAUUUAAAUACAAACUGUUAGUGAGUGAUUUGUGUACUGAACUAGUAUUAAGCUGCUGGUAACAUGUACAUACUGCAUGAUAAGUUUUUCUUUUUGCUCCAGUAUGUAUUCACAGAAUAUUUACUUUGUUCUGUCUUAUCUAAAUGAGGAAGUCAAAAAGCCUAAACUGUAUUCAUUUUUGUCUUGAUAAGUUAUGUGAGUCUUAAUUGCAUGUAUAAUAAAAGUGAAACAAAAUUUGC